AUGGUCAUUCAGAACGUCUUAGCCGCGACGCCGCAGCGAGUGCUUCACACAUCCAUCGCCCACUUUACAAAACCUGCAGCCUCUGGUGCGCAUGUGUUCACACAAUAUCUCGUGCGAGUCUCAGACGAGCGCUCCCCCAAUCUUAACUGGACAGUUUAUCGACGCUACUCAGAAUUUCGUAACUUAAAGCUCGCAGUGGAGGAAGCUGUCAAGCGCGGUGACAUGUGCAAUCAUUGUGCCAUUAUGUCCAGGCGCACGUGUUUUGUUCUCUUUCCCCACCGCCGGAUUUUUAAUAACAUGAAUGUUAAGAUCCUUGAGGCGCGACGCAUUGGACUUAAUGUUUUUCUUGACGCCGUCGCCAAGCACGCACGCACUUGUCGAGAAAGCAUGACGUGUCAGACGCGACCAUUGAUGGACAAGUUCCUAAUGGUGAACGACAUGCGCUACACAUAUUUGAAUAUCAACAUAAGUGAGACUAGAGGAGACGACGAACGCAGGAAGAACUCUGUAAGCGAAAAGCACGCGACGAUGACUGGUGUCCCGCAUCGUUCUGUUUCGGUAAGUAGCACUGAUCGUCUAAGCAGAUACUCAGACUACCGCGAAGAAGGUGUGCGGAGUUGCACAGAAGAAUGGACACACACCAACUAUGACGGGCUGGCACAGUCGACCGAUCCAACGGUAGAUCAGUCGCUAAAAGAGUCUUACAUACAGGAAAGUACACAGCUGGGCUUCCACCUUUGCCAGGAAGAGAGUGGAGUGGUGGUGAAACGUAGUACAGUGCCUCAUAUUCUAGCCUACACGAAUAGCCGGUGCUAUAGUAACAGCUCGUGGAUCGAUAAUAACUCGUCUCGGCUUAGCCUCACCUUCGAAUGUGUAGGCUCAGCUUACAAGCCACCCUCCAACACAUCCACAUCCACAUCCCGUCAUUCAGACCCUGGUCUUGCUCGAAAUGAGUUGCUUAAUUUCUCACGUGGUAGUUUUUCAGGCGGUGGCCGCCAGCACCACGCUGAAAGCCGCCCACGCCCACGCUCGCGCAAGGUAUAUUUAUCAUCGGCUGCUAAACGCGUGAAAAAGCUAGAAGAAGCAGAGGCGCGCUUUUCUUUGCAGGCUCAAAUCCGAAAGCCUAAGUGCCUCCCUCGUCUAUCAACCAUACCCGAAUAG